AUGGCGAAUCCUUCGACUACUGCCAAAGUAGUAGAUAAAAAAUACAAAUGCCAAUAUUGCAACCGCGCCUUCAGCAGGAGCGAGCACCGCAGCCGUCAUGAACGCUCUCACACCAAAGAGCGACCCUUCAAGUGCCUCAAGUGCCGCAGCACCUUUGUGCGUCGCGACCUCCUGUUGCGACACGACCGCACCGUUCACGCCAAAGACGGCGGUGCGCCCCUGCCCAGCGAACAGAAGCGGCGCUCUGCCAACAAGACGGCCGACGCUGGGCCCUCGAAAACCGCAGUGACAAGCGCUGCCGCUACCGCUGCUGCUGCUGCUGCUGCUGCUGCUGCUACCGCUGCCCCCAAUGCCGCCACUACACUGGAGCAGAUCGAGGACAGCAACGAGGCCAUGGAAGAUGCAGACCUCGAGGCCGCUGCCAUGCUGAUGACGGACUUCCACCACAAGGCCAUGGCCAGCCAGGAGCCCGAGAUGCUGCCCGAGCACCAUGAGCCCGGCAUCUCGCCCACCACGGGCCAGUCGAUACUGGAACCCGUCAUCCCCUACACAGCGCCCGGCCAGAACAUGCUGCCCCAGAUGCCCUGGAGAGACUCAAUGGUCCCCCUGUCGGAAUCCAAGUCUACCCCAGACUCGCACUCUGCCUUCAACAGCGCCAGCGCGCUCACCUCGCAUCCACAUCAGCUGCCACCGCUGAUGGAGCGCACCAUGUCGGGCAACGAUACUCUAGCGCCCACCUUCCAGGCGAUGAACGGUGGCAACGGCCUCGGUACGCCUGGUGCCCUGUCGCCGUAUCCCUCGAUGAUGGGGCCUGUAUCGCCCGUCGACUACCGCAAGUCCCCUGGGCCCAACCAGGCUCUGAUGAUGACACGCGCCCCGCAGCUCGACUCGGAAGAGCAGUGCGCCAGGAUAUAUGAGAAUAUCAAACAAUACGACAGCGAGAACUCACUGCUCGAGACGUUCCAUUUGCCCAGCUUGAACACACUGAACCGUCUGCUCAAGACCUAUUUCGAUCUGUUCCAUCAUCACUUGCCAUUCCUGCACCCAGCAACUUUCAACCCGACAGAGGUCUCGGCGCCAUUGCUCCUGGCGGUACUGUCCAUAGGUGCCCUGUACAUCUUCGAUCAAGAUCAGGCAUACAUGCUGCACAUUGGCUCCAAAGUUCUUGUCAACCAGUUCUUGCAGAACAAGGAAAACUUUAGCUCACGCAAGUGCCCCUUGUGGACCAUGCAGAGUACGCUUCUGAACAUGAUCUUCUCAAGCUGGAGUGGAGAUCCCAAGGGGCUAGAAUGGGCAUGCUCGAUCAAGAGUUUACUGGCCAAUAUGGUCGCUGGAAACCGCUACGAGCUCAAGCUCCGAGCUGACGCCCGCGACGGCGCCCAGCCUAACCACGAGGAAUGGGUAGUAGAUGAGCAGUGUCGUCGAACAUAUUAUGCAGUGUAUAUCUUCUUUGGUCUGCUAACGCUGACGUACAACCACACCCCAGCCAUGGGCUUCAAUGAAUUCGAUACUUUGGAGCUGCCGUCGUCAGAGUCACUCUGGACGAUGGAGGUCUCUGAUGAUGAAGCAUGGCGUGAGAGUCUAGCAGCAUCCAAGAUUAUUACCUUCCGCCAAGCGCACGACAACCUCUUCCAAGGAGAGACUGCACGCUACAGUGCAUUCGCCACUCGUGUCAUGAUCAACGCUCUCUUCCUCGAGGUCUGGUAUCACAAGCGAAGCCCAGAGGCCCUGCAAGAUGUCGUUACAGAGUACAAACUUCGCCUGGCAUUGGAGACUUGGGAGAAAUCACUCGAGUUGUGUGAACCGGAGACUGUCGUCGUGCAAUUGAGCGCACCACACAAGGGACAUCCUUUGAUUUUCAAUGCGAUGGCCUUGUACAGGAAUACAAGAGCCCGUCUGGUUGUCGACCUCAAGUCGAUUCAGGAAGCUCUGCGCUAUCACGACUCAUACGAAGUGGCCGCUGCCAUGACCAAUGCUCGCGACAAGGUUCAGCGAUCGCCUGAGAUGAUCAAAGUCAUUCAAGAGUGCUUCGACUGCAUCGAAGUGGCAGCUGUACAAGGAAUCCGUUGGGUUGCACGAACUUCGGCUACCAACUGGAGUAUCGAACAUCCCCUCACUGGCAUGGAUCUCAUGGUCAUCCUCACUCUUUGGCUCUACCGUCUGGAACACGAUGAAGAGCCUGCUACCGAGGAAGAGCUGGCCAUGUACAACAAGCUCCGUAAUCUCUUUGACGACGACUCUGUUGACGUCUAUGGUGCCAAGUUGAGCUCUACUGUUGCCCGACUUUGGGGCAGUAUGAUUGAUGAGGUUGUUGUAUGGGGUAUCACUAGACUUAUGGGCGAAGCCUUUAAGCUUCACUCACAAGCCCUUGUCGGCUACGAAGACGCCAUGUCGUCGCGCUCCGGGUCUGCAUCUCCAAUGGCCACUGGAGGCGUGCAAGUCCUGGAGAUGCAAAUGGCAUAUUGUCAUUUCCGUGCAAUCAAGGCAUGGCAUGGCGUUUGGCGUACGGCAUACUUCAUCUGCUUCGAGCUCUUCGACGAGCAGUACGGCGCAAAGGGGCGGUCUGUUCCAGAUCCCUACACACUCGAGCUCAGGCUCUCCUCUUCAGCAACCUUCUAA